AACCGUUCUUCUUCCCAUCUGAGCCUUUACCGGAAAACCACCUCGGGCUUGGGGAGAGCUCCCACCACCCCACCUGCAACCAGACACAAAGGAAGCUAAAGAGUAAAGAUAGGAACUGCAGAUAGAGAGAGAGGGAGAGAGAAAGAGAGACUCCGGCGAAAACUUAAGGAGAUCUCACUACUCUAAUGGAGGACUCCACAAACCAGAGGUAGGCCAACAACACCCCCUUAAACAUAUAAAACCUUGCUCUUUCCCUUUCCUUCUACUCUCUUGCUGUCCAGCUGGUUUGAGGGUGGAAAAGGAAGCUUGGUUUUUCUCCUAAAGCUGUAGCACUGGUGUUAUACAUGGUCUGGGGAAUGGAUUUCGCCUCAAAAAAUUUGAACUUUGAGCCUUUCCUCUUCUUUGCUGGCAUGUCUAUUGCUUGUAUAAAUGGAUUUUAGCUGAAAGCUAGAAAAAAAGCUGUUUUGUGAAAAAAAAAAAAAUCUAACCUUUCCCUCUUGCGUCUUCUCAACCUGUUUUUUCUGGAUUUGAUCUAUUUUCUUUUUUUUUCAAGAAAGAUCAUUGUUUUGGCCUACGCUUCUCUUCAAAUGAGUUGGAUUAGUCCUUUUUCCCAGAAAAGUUUGAAUUUUUAGCCUUCCCCAGCUACUCCUUUCAGAUGACCUGGGCCUGGUCCCAGACCAAGGAGAUGGUUGUUGUAUCCUCGCCAUCCGCUACCAGAACCCGUUAGGUUAUUCUGCCGCAAAUCAAGAGAAAAAUGGGAUUUUUACCUCCCUUUCCAUCUCCCCAACUCCAUAGCUUCCAGGGGGACUCACUCCCAUUCUCCUCCUCCCAGCCCCCACCAUCUUCCCCAUCCUCCGGCAGUAGAAUAAGCCCUGCAGUCCUUUUCAUCAUAGUAAUCCUGGCAGUGAUCUUCUUCAUCUCUGGCCUCCUCCACCUCCUGUUGAGAUUCCUCAUCAAGAAGCACCCCUCUGGUUCCUCUUCUAGCCAGUCCAAUGGGAACCAGGCGGCAGUGGAGCUCUCGGGCUCGGAGGCCCUCCAGCGGCAGCUCCAGCAGCUGUUUCACCUCCAUGACUCGGGCCUCGACCAGGCCUUCAUCGACGCGCUGCCCGUGUUCCUCUACAGGGAGAUCGUCGGCCCCAAGGAGCCCUUCGACUGCGCCGUCUGCCUCUGCGAGUUCGCCGACGACGACAAGCUCCGGCUCCUCCCCAUCUGCGGCCACGCCUUCCACAUCAACUGCAUUGACACCUGGCUGCUCUCCAAUUCCACCUGCCCUCUUUGCCGGGGGGCACUCUUCGUGCAGGACCUGUCGAUAGAGAACCCAAUUUUCGAUUCUGAGGAGCCCAGGGAGGAGGGCGGAUUCGCCGGGGACGGGGAGGAUGGCUUCUCGACGCCUGGCUGUCAGAAGCCGGCGGAUGUGGAGGACAUUGCUGCUGAGAAGAGGGUGUUCCCAGUGAGGCUUGGGAAAUUCAAGAGCUUUGGCAAUAUCGAUGGUGGUGCUGGUGGUGAUGAUAUCGAUGCUAACGGCGAUGUCAAAGGCACUGUGAGAAGAGAGGAAGGGGAGAGCAGCAGCAGUAGCUUGGAUGCAAGGAGGUGCUACUCCAUGGGCUCGUAUCGCUAUGUUCUUGGGGAGGCCAAUCUCCAAGUGGCUCUCUGCAGUGGUUCUACUAGGAUUGGUAAUGGUAAGGCUCUCAGGGGAAGGGGAGUUGGUGGAAAUCCAGCAUGUAAUGAGGUUUUGGAGGGGAAGAGGCUAGGGAUUGCGGGCAAAGGUGAGAGCUUUUCAGUGUCAAAGAUCUGGCAGUGGCCUAAUAAGAAAGAGGGGAAGCUCCCAAUCUCUGCAGAUGCUUCCUCUUUGGAUGGGGCAUUUCCAUGGGCCAGGAGAAGUGUUGGGGAUAUAUGAAACUUGUUUGUACUGCUGUGAUAAUUGUUGUUUUUUCUUCUCAGUGGUGGUUAUUCAAUCCCAUCAUAAAAAUUCAUAGUUACUACCCCUCUUUUGCUUCUCUUUAUUUAUGCCUCUUGUACUAGUCGAUGAAAUUUUUUGGAGGGUGGUUGGAUGAUGAGCAGAAGAUGGUUUUCCAAUAUGAUAAUUUGGAUUGCUCAUUGCCUAA